ACCACCAGGCUCCUCCUACUUCCGGUAGAAAACCGCUAUCUAUCGCAGAAAAACAUCCCCGAGGUGAAAUCCGCUACUUUGUAUCGCGGCUUGUUUUUGAUCGUCAUUAUCGGGGCCUCUCCGGACACACAGAGGGAGCCAUGCCCGGACGGAGGUGACCGUCCCCGGGGCUGCUGCUGCCGCCUCCUCGGCCGGCUGAAGGACCGGAGCAGGACGGACGGAGGAGGGAUGGAGAGGCCGGCCAGGCUGCUGCUGCUGUCCGAGCUCCGCGUCAGAAACGCGGCGUGCGACGUGAGCAUGAGCCGGUCCCUGCUCACCUGGAAGAGACGGCUCUCCGGCCCGGUGUACCACCCGUUCAGACCCAGUGUGUCUCACAGCGUGUUGGUGUCAGAGAUCAUCUCCGUCAGAGAGGAAGAGGAGGAGAACAGUAGCAAGGGAACAGAUGAUGGCAGCUGGAAAAAGAUCAAAGAGAGAGAAGGAAAGGACUGCAGGCGGGCCUUCACAGUGCUGUACGUGGAGAGGUGUCAGCAGCACCGCUGGCGGUGCGCCGAGGUCACCUUCACCUGUCCAGAGGGGGCGCUGUGUCAACGCUGGGUCGGCAUCAUCGGAGAGCAGCUCGCCGCCAUCGCCAGCAGACCCAAGCGCCUGCUGGUCUACAUCAACCCGUUCAGCGGGAAGCGUCAGGGAGAGCGCAUCUACGAGCAGAAGGUCGCCCCGCUGUUCGCCCGGGCCGGCGUCUCCACGCACGUCGUCGUGACGGAGCGCGCCAAUUAUGCGAGGGACCACCUGAGGACGGAGGCGGAGCUGCAGAAGAUUGACGGGGUGGUGUGUGUCGGAGGGGACGGCAUGUUCAGUGAGGUCAUCCACGGGCUGAUCUGGAGGACGCAGGUGGACGGCGGCGUGGAUCCCACCGGUCCGGACGAGGCGCUGCUGCCCUGCUCGCUGCGCAUUGGAGUCAUUCCUGCAGGUUCGACCGACUGCAUCUGCUUCGCCACCGUGGGCGCCAAUGACCCCGUGACCUCUGCGCUGCACAUCAUCGUGGGAGACUCUCAGCCGAUGGACGUGUGCUCGGUCCACGACAACAACACCUUCCUGCGGUACUCCGUCUCCCUGCUGGGUUACGGUUUCUACGGCGAUGUGCUGAGUGACAGCGAGAGGAAGCGAUGGAUGGGACCGGCCAGAUACGACCUCUCGGGUGUGAAGAUGUUCCUGACUCAUCACUACUAUGAAGGGACGGUUUCCUACCUGCCGGCCAGAGGCAUCAUGGGAACGCCACGGGACGCCGCCAAGUGUCGAUCUGGCUGUGUGGUUUGUCAGCAGAACGGGAAGCUACUUUCAGAGAAAGCCGAGCGGUACGAGGUGGACGAGGCAUCGGGCAGCGAAAGUGACAGCGAGUGGAGGACCAUCAGAGGGAAGUUCCUGGCCAUCAACGCUGCCAGUAUGAGCUGCGCGUGUCCCCGCAGCCCCAAAGGCCUCAGCCCCGCCGCCCACCUGGCCGACGGCACCACCGACCUCAUCGUGGUCCGCAAGUGUUCCCGCGUCGACUUCCUCCGGCACCUCUUGCGGCACACCAGCAAAGACGACCAGUUUGACCUGACCUUCGUCGAGGUCCACCGGGUGCGGCGCUUCCGCUUCACGCCGCGUCACUGCCAGAGCGACUCGGACCUGGACCUGCGGGAGAACGGCAGGCGCCAGAUCUUCGGCCAGAUCUGCCGAGACCACCCGGCGUGCGGCUGCGUCCCCGCCUACAGCAGCUGGAACUGCGACGGCGAGAUCCUGACCCACGCGGCCAUCGACGUCCGGGUGCACUGCCAGUUGAUCAAGCUGUUCGCACGAGGGAUCGAAGAACCGACGGUGUUUGAGGACCUCGCCAACCCCUGUGCGAUAUAGGCCCGCCCCCCCAUUAUUCCCCCGUCGGACACUGGAGUCGUCCCUCUGUUGUCAGCCUCGACCUACGUCACUGUCGCUGUUGUUGUUGUUGUUGUUGUUGUUGUUGUUGUUAUUGCCGCCGCCAUCACCGGGAGGCUCGACCGGAUUGACCGAGUCGUGCCGUUACUCAACGAGGACGAGCAGUAAGGAAGGAGACGCGUCUUUUACUUUCUGGGUCUGACGCACCAAGAUUAAAGCUUUGACUCGACCAAUCAGCUGCUUGUCAAAAGGCUUA